AUGCGGACCUCGGCACGGAUGCCGACAUGGAUAAUGCUAGGUGUUUUUCUGAUGGACGUUACGUUCGCGCAGGUGAAUCCCAACCAUGUCUCCAUCAAUGAAAAGCGGAAACAUAUCGAGGCUGACUCCAGCUGGCUCGACAAGCGUCAGCAAGAAGUCCAAAGGGUAGCAUUGGAUGCUUCAAAUAAGGAAAAAGUAAUUCUUGACCUCUUGAACACACAGCAGCAGUUCUCUGCGUCUGCUUCCGGCAACGUCGCCGCUGCAGAAACAUACGACGGAAAAAGGGCACAAGUUCAAAAAAUUGGCGAUAAAGGAGGCAUUGCCACUGUUGAUGGGCAUAAAGCCCAACUGAGAACGAAAGAGGACGAAUCAGGACGUCACGCAUUUCUUAAGGCUGAUGGAAAAUACGAUUUGGACACGGUGGCUAGAGGAGAUUUUAAAGAUCCUGCUAAAACAUCAUUUGCUGCUACAAAUGAUCGUUUUGACUUCAAUCUCAAUCCGAAAACUCAUGACAAUCAUACUGGCACAGGAACACUUGGUUUUAACGACAAGGAAAAAGGCAAAAGCGGAAAUUAUGCUUACACUAUUACGCAAAACGGCAAGAAAACUGACGCAACUAUUUCCGCCCAUGAUAUUGGCGGUGGAGGCUUUGCCGAGAGUUUAUUCGGGAGAAGAAGCGAAAAAUAUCACUGCACAGCCGAAACUCCUGGAGUUUCACAAUGUUAUGAUGCACAAGGACGUUCUGUUGGUAAAGUGGUCGCCGACAAGAAUGGAAACACUGUGGUUUACAACGAAAAAGAUGUCCCUAUUGGGACUGGAUCAGUGAAGAAAAUCGGUCCGAGAAGUUACGAGGUAAAUAACGACCUUUAUUUUAAAAAGGCUAUGAACUAA